AUGAAGCAUGCUCGUAUGUCCUAUGUAAAUCUUUUCGACUACAUACGCACCGAUACAUCGAGGGACGGGGUUCUCGAAUUAUGGCUCCGGACUUGCGAAAUCGCUGCAGGGGAAAUACAAGCCCUCUGCCAUCGCGCAGGUAUAUUGGAGUCGAAAGAGGAAGACCCAGCUGGUUCAUCCGACAGUGUGGCAUUGCUCCAGAAAGCGCGCAAGGAGGCUGAAGACGCGAUCAGUUUCUUAUCUGAUCAGCCCAUGUGUGCGCAAGAAGCGUCGCUAGCUUCAAAAAAAUGGCAGCUUGAAGUUGGCAAGCUCAAAUCUCUGUUGAGCUUCAGGGCACAUGUCGUUUGCAAAGCACUUGGGGAUAUAGACGCCGCCAUUGGAUACCUCAAGGAAGCCAUCAAGUAUGACCCCAACUGUGCGGAGAACCUAGAGGACCGACCCCCAAAGCCAGUCUUUGGUGUUGGUCACUGGGAAAAUCCUUGGCGCGUCUCCAGCCGAAUGCCACUCGGUAGAGUAUACCUCGUAAAGAACCCAGUAGAGAUGCUGGACAAACUGAAAGCCGAGCGUGGAACAAGCAGCGAAGAGGACGCCUCCGGAGUGGUACGAUGGGAGAUCCGUAUGUAA